GCUAACUAUAUAACCUAGAAAAAUAGUCUGUGCUGUCAAGUUUCUUGUAGCCAAAGAAGGGUAGCCAAGCAACGGCUGACUCCCAACUGAGAGAGGGAGAGAGAUGGAUCCAAAGCUGACGGAGGUUUCGCAACUGUUCGAGCGAUUCAAAGCCGCUUUCGUACGGAACGAUUUUGAUACCUGUGCAAAACUCCUCUCUCAACUCAAGGUUUCUCUGACAGAAUUUAAAAGUCUUCCUCCUUUAUUUGAAGAAACACCUAAUGCGCUUCAUGAGUUGACAGUAGCAAGGGAUAUAUAUGAGCAUGCAGUUGUUCUUAGUGUGAAGACCGAGGAUCAGGAUGCCUUUNACAAUACUAAUGCAAUAUAA